UAGAGGGGGGAGCAAAUGGGAAAAGAGAGAGCGCUAGCAGGACUCAGGACAGCAGGGGAGACAUGCUGUGUGUGAGUGCUGUCAGGGCACGGUGCUGCAGUUGCUGCUCUGAGGGAAGGGGCUCCCAGCACAGCAGAGGCCUUCAGCACGUGGAAGCAGCACCUACAGAAGAGCUGAGAGAUGUAACAAGAGCAGCCCUUCCUGUGCUCUCAGAGCAGCCACAGCAUUUCCACACUCUCCAGAGUCGAAGGUGCAGAAUGUGGAGGCCUUGGACUUACACUGAUCCCUUCCAAGAACAGGAUGUUGUGGAGAGUUUUAAAUGGCAGAGGCAAGGCAUCCCAUUUGGAGCUGCCACAUCCUAUGUACAUCUGGAGAAGCUGUGUGAAGGGUCCUCUGCAACUGUUUACAGGGGGAUCAGCAGGAUCAAUGGUCAGUUGGUGGCACUGAAAGUUAUCAGCCUGGAGACAGAGGAGGGAGUGCCCUUUACAGCCAUUCGAGAAGCUUCUCUUCUCAAGCAUUUGAAACAUGCCAACAUUGUGCUGCUCCAUGAUAUUAUCCAGACCAAGGAGACCCUAACAUUUGUCCUUGAGUACAUGCACACAGAUCUGGCACAGUACAUGGCCCAGCAUCCUGGAGGACUUCAUCCUUGCAAUGUUAUGCUCUUCAUGUUCCAGCUUUUGCGAGGCCUGGCACACAUCCACCAACAACAUAUUCUUCACCGUGAUCUGAAACCCCAGAACUUGCUCAUCAGCUGUCUUGGUGAGCUCAAAUUAGCUGACUUCGCAGGCCUCGCUCGUGCCAAGUCCAUCCCCAGUCAGACAUACUCCUCUGAAGUGGUGACACUCUGGUACCGUCCUCCUGAUGUUUUGCUUGGAGCUACAGAUUAUUCUUCUGAUCUAGAUAUCUGGAGUGCAGGCUGUGUCUUUGUUGAAAUGAUCCAGGGCCAGCCAACGUUUGCAGGAACUUCUAGUGCUCCUGAACAGCUGGAGAAGAUCUGGACGGUAUUAGGGGUCCCAACAGAAGACACCUGGCCAGGACUCUCCAAACUCCCCAACUAUAAGCCAGAACUCGUUGCUUCCAGGAGACCUCAGAGACUUGGAGCAAUCUGUGACAGGCUGGGCAGGAUGCCAGCUGCAGAGGACUUGGCCUCCAGAAUGCUCACAGCUUUCCCUCCAGGGCGAAUCUCUGCACAAGAUGCCCUUCUUCAUGGCUUCUUCAACCCUCUGCCUCCUCAGCUCUAUCAAGUGCCCGCUGAACAAUCAGUGCUCUCAGUUCCAGCAGUGAGACUGCAACCUGAAAUCUGUGACCUGUUUACUUCUUAUCAUAAAGGACAUCUCUCAGAAGGUUCAAGCAAGUUUUGGUGGAAAAACGACCAAUAUCUAUAGCUGGACCACCACAUCCCAGGCUGAGGACAAAAUGGCAAAUCUUCUCACAAUUCAGAAAGAAGAGGUCAGCAAGCCAGUGGCCCCCAGUGCACAAUGCACAGUGGUAUCGUGGGAGGUCUGGGUUUGUUUUGUCACGUUCUCAAAUCUCAGACCAGUGCCCUUUCCUCUGAUGCCUCCCCAGUCAAAAUAUGGUUUCAUUUCCACAUUGCUUAAACUGACCAAAUUGCUUUGUUUGCCUUUGUCUAUGUCUAUUGAAUUCACAUUUUAUAGCUUACUUGUUAUGAUUUAACACACAAUGGAAUUUGCUCACUGAAGUACCAGAAAUGACAAAGAGCUCUACCCAGGGGGCAAAAGAGCAAUGUCGCAAUGGAUGUUAUGGCAAUGUGUAUUCUUCCAUUGGAGUGAUGAAACCAUAGCUCCACCUUUCUUGGGUUCAGCCCGUGUCAUCACAUCCUGCCACAGCAAGCCACUGAUCAGCAAACUGGAGUUUGUCAUUGGAAUCUUUUUUCUCUCAGAACUCCAUAUAACGCUGUGGCUUGAAGCAGACAUUUGGGUGUUUCUGAUGUGAUUUGGUUACUCUGCCACAUGUCAUACUUUGAUUUCAUCUAUAUCACUGUAUGAGCACAAUGUUGGACUAAUGUCACAAAAUUGAUCUGCCUAAUUUUGUGAUAAAACACAAAAUCCUAUGCAUGUGCCAGAACCUGAGCCGACCUAGGAAAAAUCCCUCAGGUUUGUAACAUUCAUGGUUUUAAUUGACCUUAGUAUGUACUUUAGUAUGAGUCAGUUUAAAACAUUAUGUCUUUGUUGCC